AUGAUUACUCCCUUCGUUUUAUCACUAGCAUUGCUAGCGAACCUCAGCCCAGUUCAUGCUAUAGUCAAAGGCAAGGCAUUCGACCGUAUUGCCAUAAUAUGGCUUGAAAACACCGACUACGACCUCGCAGCAGGGGAUCCGAACCUAGCAUGGCUCGCAAAGAAAGGCAUCAGCCUUACGAACUACUUUGCUGUAACCCACCCUUCUAUGCCCAACUACGCCGCAUCGAUAUCGGGCGACUACUAUGGCAUCAACCACGACGACAUGGUUGCGAUUCCCUCCAACGUAUCCACAUUGGUAGACCUCCUCGAAGACAAAGGUAUUAGCUGGGGCGAGUACCAAGAAGACAUGCCGUCGGUUGGCUUCCAAGGAAAGUCCUACACGAACCCUAAGACUGGAGCCAACAUGUACGUCCGCAAGCAUAACCCAGCCGUGCUGUACGAUUCGGUAGCGCAGAAAACGGACAGAUUGGCCAAGACGAAGCCUUUGACCAUGUUCAAGCAAGACAUGGACAAGGACCAAUUGCCGCAGUGGAUGUUCAUUACACCCAACAUGACAAGUGAUGGACACGACACUACCGUGACUGUAGCAGGAACUUGGACGCGGAAAUUCCUCGAACCCCUCCUCACCAACAAGAACUUCAUGAACAACACACUUGUCAUGGUAACUUUCGACGAGAACCACACCUACGGCAAACAGAACCGCGUCGUAAGCAUCCUUCUCGGAGAUGCCGUUCCUGCUAAUCUGGUCGGUACCACGGAUAAUGCCUAUUACAACCAUUACAGCGAGAUCUCUACUGUACAAGCGAAUUGGGGCUUGCACACACUAGGCCGUUGGGACGUAGGUGCUAACGUGUUCAAAUUCGUAGCUGCAAAGACUGGCGAUACUGUGCGAGCAUGGUCUGGGAAGGUUCCCUUCAGCAAUAUGUACUUCAAUGCGUCCUACGCUGGAAAGUUGAGCAACAAGAAUACGUCGGUUCCUUGGCCUGUACCGAACACCAAUGCAGUAUUUGCGGGAAGGAGUGUAUUGCCAGCUAUUACGGAUACGUGGGGGAAGCAGGUCGGACAAUCUGCGUAUACGACUGCGUUGGAGAUUCCAGACGGCAUGCAUCCAGAGGCCGAAUUCAAGUAA